UCCGCCCAUUCAAAGCAAUGGUUUCAAAAUACAUACAAAACACUAAUCAAUUUGUGUAAAUCCUAUCAAAAGGAGGGUGUAUUUAGGUUAUGGAUCGGACCAUUUAAUCCUAUUAUAAUUUUAUUGAAUGCCGAAAAUGUUGAGGUAUUGCUAUCAAAUUCCACGAAUAUUUCAAAGGCUUUUGAAUAUAAAUAUCUGAGACCAUGGCUUGGAUGGGGUCUUUUAACCAGCACUGGUAGUAAAUGGACAACACAUAGAAAGCUAUUGACUCCGGCGUUUCACUCCAAGAUUUUGGAGAAUUUUUUGCCCACAAUUGCAAACCAACAGAAAAUUAUGUUUUCAUUGAUUGAUAAAGAAAUGGCCGAAAAUGACGGUGUCGUCAAUGAUAUAAGAAAACUGAUUACAAACUAUACUCUCGAUGCUAUUUGUGGUAUUGAUUUACAGAAUAAUCUUAAGGAGACGGCAAUGGGUGUGACUGUGAGCGCACAACUGAACCCAAACUCCGACUACGUUGAGGCCAUUCGCCGCACAUUUGCCACGGCAAUGGGUGUGACUGUGAGCGCACAACUGAACCCAAACUCCGACUACGUUGAGGCCAUUCGCCGCACAUUUGCCGUCUCUAUCCUCAGGUUUAUAAAGCCAUGGCUUUGGUCUGACUUCACGUUUUAUAAGAGCUCUUUGGGAAGACUUCUACAGAAAAGACUUCAUAUAUUACACGGAUUCACAGAUUCUGUAAUCAAAGAGAGAAAGACUGAGAUUUUAGAUAAGAUUAAAGAUUAUGAAAAUACUUUUGACUCAAUUGGCGAUGCGAUCGAUGCAGCGAUGACUAGUAUCGGCACCAAAAGGCGACUCGUAUUCCUCGAUACACUCAUCAAUUAUCAUCUCAAACAUAGUGACCACAUGUCUGAGACGGACGUGCGCUCACAUGUCGACACAUUUAUGUUUGGCGGACACGACACCACUGCCAGCUCUCUCAUGUUCACACUUAUGCUCAUUGGGCAACACAUGGAUUUCCAGUCGCGAAUACAUCAGGAAUUGAACGAAAUAUUCUCGGAUGACAUGAAUCGCGACAUAACUGUCGAUGACUUAAGAAAAAUGAAAUUUCUAGACCAAUGUAUUCGUGAAUCCCUGCGCCUCUACCCUCCCAUUCAGAUCAUUGGCCGACAAAUUGAGAAACCAUUUCAAUUGAAAUCUGGAUAUCAUAUACCAAAGGGGUCGACAUGCUAUAUACCGCUCAUAUGUCUGCACAGAGACCCGCAUUACUUUCCCAAACCAGAUGAGUUUGACCCGACCCGGUAUGACAGCGAUUGUACGGCCAAUAGACACCCGUACGCUGACAUACCCUUUAGUGCCGGCCCUCGCAAUUGUAUCGGACAAAAGUUCGCUAUAUUGGAGGAAAAGGCGUUUUUGGCGCAAAUGUUUCGUAAAUACAGUAUUGAAUCACUGGUUGAUUGGGACGACACCAAAGUCGAUAUGUCUAUUGUGUUAAAGCCUUCAAUUCCCAUGAAAAUGAGGUUUACAUUAAGAAAUUGU